AUGUCGUCGACACGCGCCAAUGAGCACAACAGCGGGAAACGAAACAGUAACGCAUCACAGCUGCCAGUAUGGCGCCGAAGACUACGUCGCGUAAAGUUACCGAUACUCCCAGUUCACAAUCAGGAGGGCAAUAGAGAUCUCGAAGUCACCACAAGCAAAGGCCACCUCUAUUUUCUCGACCAGUUUCGCGACAAGGUACCUCUACGCAUUCGCAACCGAUUUAUUGCAAUGAUCUCUGAGUUCGUGGGAACAUUUUUCUUCAUGCUCAUCGGACUAGGCGGCAACUCGGCCGUCAUCAACAACACAGCGGCUGCUGCACAGUUCAAUGGAGGCGAUGCUUCAGCAGAUCCUGCUAAGAUCCUGCUCAUCGCUACGGUCUGGGGCGUGGCUGUCACGGUCAAUGCCUGGACCUUUUUCAGGAUUAGCGGUGGGCUUUUUAACCCUGCUGUAACUAUGGCUUUGGUGCUCAUCCGCGCCGUACCACCACUUGAUGGUCUUCUCGACGUCUUCAGCCAGCUUGCGGCAUCUAUCUUGGCAAGCGCCAUUGCUUAUGGACUCCUACCUGAAGGUGCUCUGGCAGCCACUGAGCUGGGAGAGAACACAACAGUCACGCAGGGGCUGUUCAUCGAAAUGUUCAUUACCGCCCAGGUCGUUGUGUCCAUAUUCAUGUUGGCGACGGAAAAGCACAAGGCUACAUUCAUCGCGCCUGUCGGUAUCGGAUUAGCUGUAUUUGCAUGCGUUCUCAUGUAA